AUGACCGAUGCUCCUCGGGUGGACUACACGCUCAACAACCCUGACACCCUCACCAAGUACAAGACGGCUGCCCAGAUCUCCGAGAAGGUCCUCGCCGAGGUCACCAAGCUGAUCGUGCCCGGCGCCAAGAUCGUUGAGAUCUGCCAGAAGGGUGAUGCCCUCAUUGAGGAGGAGCUCGCCAAGGUCUACCGUGGCAAGAAGGUCACCAAGGGUUUCUCCCACCCCACGACCGUCUCGCCCUCUUCCUUCGUCACCCCUUACACGCCCCUGACCACCGACGAGUCUGAGGCUGCCGUCGAGAUCAAGGCCGAUGAGCCCAUCAAGAUCCAGCUCGGUGCCCAGAUCGAUGGCUUCGGCUCCAUCGUUUGCGACACCGUCAUCGCCGGCGCCGAGGGCGAGGUCACUGGCCGCAACGCCGACCUGGUCCUCGCCACGUACUACGCCAAUGAGCUUCUCCUCCGCCUCAUGAUCCCCCCUGGCACCCUCGGCUCCGACGACGAGAAGGCCAAGGCCGCCUCGACCAAGGCGCCUACCCAGACCAAGAUCACCAGCCUGCUCGAGAAGGUCGUCAAGAGCUACGACUGCAGCCUGGUCGAGUCCACGACCUCGUGGCUGUUCGACCGCAACGAGAUCGAGGGCACCAAGAAGAUCGUCCUCGCGCCCGGCGAGGGCUCCAAGGGCGAGGGCGUCCCCGAGCUCGGCGAGGUCUGGGGUGUUGAGACGGGUGUCUCUCUGGGCUCCGGCAAGGUCAAGCAGUACGAGAACCGCACCACUCUGCACCGCCGCACCCUCCAGACCUACGGCCUCAAGCGCCCCACGUCGCGCAAGAUCCUCUCCGAGGUUGUCAAGAAGUUCGGCGUCUUCCCCUUCAGCUUGCGCCAGCUUGAGGACGAGCGUGAUGCCAAAACUGGUGUCGUCGAGUGCGUCCGCAGCAACGUCUUCCGCCAGUACGAGGUCGUUGGUGACAAGGACAACUCGCCUGUUGGCCGUCUCCUGACCACCAUUGCCAUCACCAAGAACGGCAUCACCAAGCUUGGUGCCGCGCCUGCGCUUGACUUGAGCAAGUACAAGACGGAUAAGAAGAUUGAGGAUGAGGAGAUUCUCAAGAUCCUCGAGCAGCCCAUCGCCAGAAAUACCGGCAAGAAGAAGAACAACAAGAAGAAGAAGAAGCCCGCCAAGAAGGCCGCCGCCGCCGCCGAGGAGAGCUCGGAGGAGGAGAGCGACGACGAGUAA